AUGGCGUUUGCGACUGUCGAUUUUAUCAAGAAAAUCCCCAAAGUCGAAUUGCAUUUACAUAUCGAAGGGACCCUGACACCUCAGCUACGGUUUAAAUUGGCCCAAAAGCACCAGAUUCCGCAAAAAUGGGCCACUGCUACGGAAGCGGUUGAAGAUUACCGUGCCAGCUUUGAUAAAAUGCUUCGCAAACAGAAGGAGGGAGGAAGCUUGACGUUCUUCGAUCUUUACUAUGGUGCCAUGGAAGUCCUUAGGACGGAAGAAGACUAUUAUGAACUGGCGAUGGGCUAUUUCGCCAAGGCGGUUGAGAUGAAUGUGCGGUAUUCAGAGAUGUUCUUUGACCCUCAAGCUCACACUCGAAGGGGGCUUGAUCUCGAUACCGUCAUGAAAGGAUUGCGAAGAGCUCAGCUUGACGCGCAAGAGAAGCUAGGUUUUCAUUGCAACUGGAUCAUGUGCUUUCUGCGCGACGAAUCGCCCGAAUCCGCCAUGGAGACAUACGAGGCAGCCUUGAAAUAUCGAGACAUGAUCCACGGAAUUGGAUUGGACUCAUUGGAAGAUGGCAGGCCACCGUCACUCUUCAAUGACGUGUACAAACGGGCAAAGGCUGACGGCUUCCAUCUGACUGCACAUUGCGACGUCGACGCUCGAGACACCCACAAGCACAUCCACUAUUGCCUGACAGAGCUUGCAGGAGAUGGCAUCCGCCGAAUCGACCACGGACUCAACGCGGUCGAGCAGCCCGAACUACUGGAAAUGCUCAAAACUACGAACACAGGGUUGACUUGUUGUCUGUGGGGUGCCUAUGGCUAUCUCUUCCAAGCCGACGGAGAACAGAGGCUUUUCAGAGACAUGCUGCGGCGGUUGUUCGACUAUGGCAUUCUCGUCACCAUCAAUAGUGACGACCCCGCCUGCCAUGGGAUGAACUACGUCGAGGAUAACCUGAUCUUGGUCGCGGACAAGUGUGGAUUUACAGCUGCGGAUAUCGUCAAGUUGCAACAGAAUGCCGUCCAGAUCAGUUGGGCCCCGGAGGGUCUCAAGGAAUCUAUACUGAAGGAAAUCCAAGUAGUCGCGGCACAAGCUAUGCAGGCGGCGUAG